CAGGCGGGCAGGCAGCAGGACGGGGGGCUCAGGCCAAGUCUGACUGAAGAGCAGCCAACAGCAGCCAGUCUGGUCCCAGGUUUGCCCUCCUGAGGGGUGGCUGGGAGCCGGGUGGGUGGCUCAGCUUCUCCCCUUGGGAAGUGGACUGGAGGAAGGCUUGGCUUAUAAAGCCAGGGGAUGUGGAGAACAGGCUGACCAUAGCCUUUCUGGGGCCCUGCAGGCCAUGCCUCCCAGAGGUGCUUGAUAGCCAGCUGCCUGGGGCCACCCCACCCUCCAUGCCACCCUGAGCUCUGGGUCCCUUCAGAGUCCCCUCCAGGGUCAGACCAACCCUCUGGUGCCGAGGGGUUCGUGAGAGCCCCCUUGGCGAGCCACUCACAUUAAAGCUCCCUUUUCUACUGCCACCUCUCCCUCCCUCUGGCCCUCUGUCAGCAUCUGGCAAGAACCCUCCCACCCCUCCGCCCGCCGACUGGAUGAUCUGACUCUUCCCCUGCCCACCACGAUUGCUGUCCAGAUGCCCUGGAUCCUGCUCACACUGCUGCUAUUCGGGGACGCUGUGGAAAUGUUCGCCCUAAACCACAGCAAGAAACAAGUGGGGGUUGGGCUGAAGGAGAAUUGCACCGGCUGUUUGAUCUGCUCAGAGGAGAAUGGAUGUUCCACCUGCCAGCCACGACUUUUUCUCCAUAUCCGCCGAGAUGGCAUCCGCCAAUACGGGAAGUGCGUACACGACUGUCCCCACGGCUACUUUGGUGUACGUGGCCACGAGAUCAACAGAUGCAAAAAAUGUGGGUCCACCUGUGAAAGCUGUUUCAGUCAAGACUUCUGCAUUCGGUGCAAAAAGAGAUUUUUUUUGCACAAGGGGAAGUGUGCUCCCACCUGCCCAGCAGGCACCAUUGCCCACCAGAACACAUGGGAAUGUCAAGAGGAAUGUGAAUUUGGACCCUGGAGCAUCUGGAGUCCCUGCAGCCAGGAUGGGAAAACCUGUGGGUCAGCCUGGGGGCUGGAGACCCGGGUACGUGAGGUCAGCCGAGGCAGUCGAGAGGAAGGUACAACAGCCUGCCAAGCCCUAUCUGAGUCAAGAAACUGUCCCAUCAGGAGGCACUGCCCCGGAGGUGAGGACCUAAGGGGACCCCUAGCAAGCUAG